CUGGAUAGCUCGUGUAUACUGUAUCUAUAGAGAGAUCUGUAUCUGUUGAAUAUGCAUUCCCUGUUAUACCGAUUAUUGCAGCGUUCAACGUCUCCGUAGAGCACAAUGAUAUGCCUGAUCGAAUAACCGCUAUCAUCUCCGCAAUUCCUCGGACUAAAUCCGAUCGCGCGAUUCCUGCAAAAAAUGCUCACGAAUUCCACCGCUUCAACCAGUCUUGACUGCUCUAUCUAGAGGCUCGCAACGUCUGCAACACAUCAAGACCCGUUGCUGGAUAUGUUCCACUAAAUCAAUGUCAUGGAAGACUCCACGUCCCCAUCAGAUCUGGGGCCCCGCCGAGCCCCAGCUCGCCUCCUGGCAGCCCUCAAACAAGUCUCCAUCAUGGUCCUACGCCAGUGGCUUCUGAUCGGAAUGGGCAUCGCCUGCGCCCUCGCAUACCUGUUUCCGGAUAUAGCAAAAACGGACGGCGGGGUAAUCCGCAGUGAAUACACCGUGCUCUACGGUGUAAUCGCCAUAAUCUUUCUCAUCUCGGGCCUCAGUAUCCCGCGCCAGAAACUCUUCAAACAGUUCCUCAACUGGCGACUACACGUCCUCGUCCAGGUGAUAUCGUUUCUGUUCAUCCCCGCGCUGGUCCUGGCCGUCGUGCAUAUCAUUUUGGCCGCCGAUCCCGCGGGACAUAUUGAUCGGGCCGUGUUGGCGGGGUAUAUUCUAACGGCAUGUAUUCCGACGACUAUCGCGUCGAACGUGGUGAUGACUCGAGCGGCAGGUGGCGAUGAUGCCGCGGCGUUGGUGGAGGUUCUGUUAGCGAACGUGUUGGGACCCUUUGUCACGGCCGUUUGGACAGUGACGCUGUUGCCGAAAUCGGCCGAGUUUGAUACGUGGAGGUAUGGGGGUGGCAGUUUGGGGAUUAUGUAUAAACAUGUUUUUCAGCAGUUGGGGCUGAGCGUGUUAGUUCCUUUGUUCGUGGGACAGUUGAUCCGGUGGACUUGGCCGGAUCGGACGUCGUGGGUGAUCCAGAAGACGAAGUUGCCCAAGUUGGCGAGUGCGUGCAUGCUGUUGUUGAUCUGGACAACGUUCUCCUCUUGCUUCGCAACGGGCGCCCUCCAAAGCCUCUCUGCCCAAAGCAUCAUCUUCGUUGUCCUCUUCAACAUCGCCCUCUACGUCGCCCUCACGGGCAUAUCCUUCUUCAGCUCCCGCCCACCUAAAUUCCUCCUCAACCAUCGCUGGUUCCAGCCCAUCUUGAAGUCUCUUCCCCCAGAGGAAACCAUCGCAGUCUGCUUCUGCUCUCCCGCGAAAAGCACCGCGCUAGGUCUGCCGUUGUUGUAUGCCAUGUGGGCCCCGGUGGAUUUCUACACCAAGGCGAAGACGUCCGUGCCGGUGCUGCUCUAUACGACGGAGCAAAUUUGUGUGGCGCAGUUCUUUGUGCAGUUGUUUCGGAGGUGGCACGCCCGGAUUGCUGAGAAGGAGGAUGGGGAGGCGGAGGUUGAUGCCGAUGGCCGACUGGACGAGGUUGGGAUUGGUUUAAUGCAAAGACCGGUGGAAACUCAUGGCGGUGUGGUCUGAGAUGAGUCGUGAUGAUUGAUGUUUACAGACUGUCGGAACGACAUGAACACUGCCGGAAUGUGGUUCUGAGUUCUCACGGACGAGUCUCGUUAUACGGUUGCUUCUGGAGAAGGACGUGACAACCCCGAAUUCCAAGUCCUCGCCACAGCAAAUCCAUCCCUUCUUUUAUUUGGCAGAUCCAUGAAGAAGAUAUAGCACACUUGCUCAUCCCCUGACGAGGGCCACAAUGCAGCCAAAACUGGUUUUCUCUCCUGACUCAUGGAAAGGUUGCAGCGCCUGAUCCCAGUUCUUUGCAGAGAGAGACACAGAGAGAGAGAGAGAGAGAGAGAGAGAGAGAGAGAGAGAGAGAGAGAGAGAGAGAGAGAGAGAGAGAGAGAGAGACCGUUGCCAGCAAUUUGGACCUCUUUGAGUAUGCAUCCGGACCUUUUUCGAACGAAGAUUGCUAGAGAGAUCUGCCCUGAAGGUACCACAAGGUCAAAGGCACAUACCGAGCGGCAGAUGUAGGAAACCACGAACAAGUCGAUGCCGCCAUACAAAGUUCAAUCUAGGCAAUAGGUACUUUAGACAUCCUAAUUAAUAACACACGCCCACU